GGUGUGAUAUGACUGUGACAAUAAAAUAUCAAUAUGAAUUAGAAUUAGUUAUGUACGGAAUUGGUUAAUCCCUUCUCUUCCUCCUCCUUUAAACAAACCACUAACCAAAAACCUGAACCAGAAUCCAAAGCCAUGACUAAAUCCUUCUUCUUCUUCUUCUUCGUUAUUCUCAUUGUUUCUGCUUCUUCUGAAAACCCUACCCCAACUCCUUCUGCGGUCCACGCCGAGCUCAAAAACUUUGGCUUGCCCAUCGGUCUUCUACCUUCCACCACCGUUCUCAACUACAACAUCAACCAGACCUCAGGCGAUUUCUCAGUCAACCUCGGAGGCGCGUGCAAGAUCACUCUCCCUCCUGAUAACUACCUGGCCACCUACUCCAAGAUUAUUACCGGUAACAUCGAUCAGGGUCGAAUCGCGAAGCUCGAUGGGAUUAGAGUUAGGGCUUUCUUCAAGUGGUGGUCAAUUACCGGGAUAAAGUCCAGUGGCGACAAUUUGGUGUUCGAGGUCGGUGGUAUUACGGUCAAGUACCCGUCCAAGAACUUUGAUGAGGUCCUGGCUUGUCAGGGAAAGCACUCGGCUUCCUAAGAGGGGUAUCUUCUUCUUCUUGGGUCAAUGGAUCAAGAUGUAAAGCAAAUUAAACGAAUCAAGUGUGAGCUGUUUUCUGAUAAGGGGUAUAGCCUCGAAUUUUUUUGCUUCUUGUUUGUAUAUAUCUCUCGUUUUCAUCUAUGUAGCUCCAGUGUUAGUGUUACUUUCAGUAUAUGAACAAGGCAUGUACUUUGUUGAAACUUUUCGCGUACAAUUACGCGUAAAUUAUGUAAUAUUUCAUUCUCUAUCAUUACU